AUGCCGUCACAAUAUCCUUCGAUUCAGAGUUUCUUUCGGAAGGAGGUCAAGGGGGAUCACGGAACGCCUGAUUUGGGUGUGGUGAGAGAACAGAGCGAGGGGGCUGGGAAUACAAAUGGGAUGGGUGAUGGGUUUGAUAGGGAUGGUGGUGGAGUUGAGGUUGGUGGGAAGGAUGGGAAAGAAGGGAAGGAUGAAUUGGGAGAUGGAUUUACGGAAGAAGAAUUAAAUGAGGCGAUGGAUCCUUUGGCUAAAAAGUGGGAUCCGAGUAGAGAGUAUGAGAGUAUGGCUGUGGGAGAAUUGGUUCCUGGACCAAAAGCAAUUACGUUCAUAGGUAGAGUGGUUAGUUUCGCGACAAUCAUUGGUAAAAGUGCCAAACAACCGAGAGCUAGAGGAUGGCAUUAUGUUGGUGUUAGGGGAGAAUGUGGUGUUGUUUCUGUAAAACUUUACUUCGCAAACCAAUCUUACCCCCUCAAAAUAGGCCAACUUCUUUCUAUCUGGACAGCCUUCAUAUCCGAUACUUCGAAAGCCGAUGGUGCAUCUACAGCUGGUAUUCUCGUUUGCGCAAACUUAUUCCCUGGUCGCAAUACUAGUGAUCAUUUAAUGAUUCAUACUCAUCCCGGCGCUGCAGAUGUUUGUCGCAUUCCUCUCGGUUACAUCAAAGGCGAACCAUUACCUGGGCUCAUGACAUUGGAAGCUUAUUUGAAUGGAGGACAUGAUGGGGUUCUGGAUGUGAAAUUACUUGUUUGUGUUAAAAGUAUCGGAGCCAAGAAGAAGAUUGUCAAGAAAGAUGGAGGGGAAUUUGAUCUUAUCGAAGUAAUCCUCUUUGAUCAUACCGGCGAAACGAAAAUGAAAUGUUGGUCGGAUUUAAUCGAGAGUGUUAAAGAAUGGAUACCAGGAAAAACCAUCUUACUAGUUUCAAAUCCAAUGCAUAAGCUUGAUUAUGGAGGUAAGGGAACAAUAAGUUGGGGCAGAAAUACAAUGGUAGAUGUGGAACCGGAAUUUGCAGAUGCGAAUUGGUUGAGAAAAUGGGCAAAUGGAUUAAUGAAGAAAGAGAGUAUAGGAGUAGAAUUUCCAAGUGAAGUUUGGGGAGAGGAAGAUGUUGAGGAAGCAAUUUAUGGUCCUAGAACGGCACUAUUUGGGUUGAGAGAUGUGGAGGAGUGGGUUAGAGGAGGUGAAGGAGAGAGUUUCACGGGCUGGAUUAGUGUUGUGUUGGUGGAGUUGAGCUUGGUGAGGAUUUGGAGGAGGAAUAUGUUGUUUUGUGGGGAAUGCUGCGGUAUCCAACUCUACUCCCCCACCACCAGCCUCGCAUGUCCGCACUGCUCGAAAUCUCUACAACUCAUCAUGAAUUCGAAAAUCAUAACGACAUUAAUUGACGAAACGGGAAUGAUUGAUGGAGGGAAAUUAGUCUGGAGUGAGAAGGCGUGGAAGGAAUUAUUGGGGAGGGGGACAGAGGAACUUUGUCAGAUGGGGAUUGAUGAGAUGAAGAUGCUGGAGUGGAGGAUGAUGGGGAUGAGAGUUAGUUUGUGUUUUGGGUGGGUGGGAGAUGGUGGUGAAGAGAGAGUUGGAGGGAGAUUGUGUGUUUUGGGGGUUAGGAGUUGA